AUUUGGAUGAUUUGCUUCCCAUCUACGAGGAUAGUAACAAUUCUAGGGCUUCCACCACAGAGUGAAGAUUGUUUAAAUUGUCCAGAUAAUCCUGGAGAGGAGGUAAUUGACCAAAAUAGAUCUGACAAUGGACAGGUGAACUUGAAUCUUGAGCUACUGUGGCCAUUUUCUUCAUCUUCUCAGUCUAGAAACCACAGGGUCAGAGGAAAGAGGUCACCAAAAUGAAGAUCGUCCCUUCAUUCCUGAUCUUGUGUUGGGUGUUAGGUUGGGUAAAGUGCCAAUUUCGUGAGAGUGGAAAGUGCCAACCGAUUCGCGUACCCAUGUGUAGAGGUAUGCAGUACAUGAUGACAUCCUUACCCAACCAUUUCAAUCACCACACUCAGGCCGAGAUCAUGUUAGAAAUCUCUCAAUUCAAACCUUUGAUCCAUGUGAAUUGUUCGACGGAGUUACAAUUCUUUUUAUGCUCUCUGUACACUCCGAUCUGUAUUCCGAACUACGAGAGAAAAAUCCCCGCAUGUCGAUCAGUUUGUGAGCGGGUCAAAUCCUCGUGUUUCCCCAUCAUGUCCCAGUAUGGCUUUCAAUGGCCUGAAAGAAUGGCAUGUGAGUUAUUGCCCCGCAUUUCGACCGACAACCAACUAUGCAUGGAUCCCUUGAUGAAUGGGAAGAGAUCAGUGCUUCAAGACGAUAUUAAAACCAUGCUGGAACCUUUUGAGAGCAAUUUUGAAGAAGAUCCAAGGUGGGAAAAGCUCGAUGAAUGGGACCUAGAGACCACAGACAUGGAAGAGAUCCUAUCCAAAACCACGUAUUUUAGCAGUAUUGUGCUCGUCAUUGGCAUGCUGAAUUUGGUCUCAAGCUCUAUUGCUAUUGUCAUUUUCACCACACAAUGGAGCAAGCACAGCUACCCGGAACGGCCUUUGUUAUUCAUGUCAUUUUGCAACGCUUCUAUAGCUUUAGGAACCAUCGUUAAGGUACUGGUCAUUGAAGACGAGCCAUCAAGCUGCUCCCAAAUGAGUGUGGAGCGUGUGUUCUGUUCCAUAAUUCAUCUUCUCAUAUACUACUUCCAAAUGGGAGCCUGUUGUUGGUGGGUGAUUAUGGCUGUGACCUGGUUUCUCUCCGUGAAGCUCAUGUGGGCGUCAGAGGUGAUUGAAAAAUAUGGAAAGCUGUUCCAUUCCCUCUCGUGGAUUUGGCCUUUGUUGGAGACAGCUUUGUAUUAUGCCACAUUUACACUCGAAGGGAACGAGUUUCGCAGCCUUUGCUGCCAUGGUCCCCAGGAUAGUCCCACCAUGGUGUUGGUUUCCAUUGUUCCUCUGCUCCUCAAGAUCAUAUUUGGAACCGUUUUCCUGAGCAUUGGAAUCGCCGCAGGGUUUCGAGUGAAGAAGCUCCUGCCUGCUGAACACAUUCAAAGUCUUCAAAGAAUCAUGUUGAAGAUCUUAGUGUUCUCUUUAAUUUAUACCCUCUGUCAACUCAUCGUGAUAUUAUUCUCUCUGCAUGGGAUCUUAAACCUUUCGGAUGGACUGAGUAAUUGGGCAUCAGUAGUCAUUCUCAUCCCUGGAUCGAUUUCAUUGGGCUGGGUAGUCAGUCGUAAGUCAAUCAAAUCCUUGUCACAGAUCAACCUCAAACCCUGUCUAUCGAAGGGGACGCCACCAGUCAAUUAUGAAGAUUUCUUCAACCAACUCGGUCACCCCUGGAUUAAAUCGAUCCAAGAGACAAACAAGGGCUCUAUGAACCUCCAUAACAAUAACGUGAAUCAUAAUCGAACUCUCAGACAAGAUGGGACGGUGGAAACAAAUGAUAUCUACAUGCAAUUCUGAACAGUACCGUACAUACGCAUAUCACGAUCUUGGCUGACGUCGAGUAACUUUGAAAUCGAAUACCUUUCUUCUAUGACGUGUCUUCAUGGCUAUGGGAAUAUUUUCUAAUGUAUGACUCAUGAAAUUUUCUUGCGAAUAUUGACUCUUCAUGAAAUGUGUUUAUCAAAUAGAAUCACGUAACUAUUUUGUUUGGCACAUCUUUUUUAGAUUCCAGUCAAAGAAACUGGCAGACCUGUGUUGUG